AGUUGAAAAUCAUCCAGCGGAUCGGAUACACCUUCACACGCAGCUCGCGCUCCUCGUUCAUCAAAUAAAAAAGACUUUUUGUUAACUCGAAAUCUCCAUAAAGUUGUAACAUUUCUCUCUUGCAAUAAAGAUAUUAUUUGAUUCGCUGUGGUGCACCAUCAACAAUUGCUUGUUUUUCUUUUAACAAGAAAAAUAAAAGUUAGUGCCAAAAAGUUUCGUAGGAAAAAGGAUUAUAUAUAACGAUCAUAGGAUUCAGUGCUAAAGUGCCUUAAUUUAUUUAGAAAAAUAUACGGGAUAUUAUUUUUUGCAUAUCUCGCGUUCAGUCUUUAAGACAACACACACACAAUUUAAUCAUCACCAUCGUCUCACAAAGAAAGUGUUACAUAAGUGAAAUUAUGAUCGAUCCGUACAAUUGCGAUAGUGUUGCGACUACGAAUUAAGACAAGUUGUUUCAUUAUAAUUUCUUCAUUUGCCGCAAUACCAAAGUGGUAUCUAACUGAGCGAAGAAAUUAAUUCUAUACGAUUACAGAAAAGGAUCAUAUACUAAAGUGAAAAUUAUAAAAGUGAUGUUGCUAAUGAGAGGAUUGAAACAAUAACUUCAACACAAAAAAAAACAUCAGAUAGAUUUGGAAAGGAAAAAUUUCUUAACGCCUGAGGAUCAAUUUUAGAGGUGGUAGCGUGUUUGAUUUAGUGUGUUUGCUGAAGAGAUCACCAAGAGAUCACCAAUUUCUUUAAUUCACAAAAGAGCCCCAACGUAAGUUUGGAACAACUUCUUCAGCUCCAUUCAGCACACGGCAAGAUUAGAUCAUCACAAUGGACAUUGUAGCGAGGAAGAAUGAGGAGAACCUAAAAAUUUCAAGAGAACUGGAAUUUAGACAGAUUUCACGGGACACAAAUGACAGAUCGACAAUACAAAAUUUCUACCAUGGGAAGAAUCUAUUUAUCACCGGAGCUACAGGUUUCAUGGGAAAAAUUCUCAUUGAUAAACUAUUAAGAUCAUGCACAGAUAUUGAAAAUAUCUAUAUUCUUGUACGGCCCAAAAAAGGAAAAGAUAUUCACACCCGCAUUGAAGAAAUAUUUGAUGAUCCGGUUUUCAACAAAUUAAGAGAUGAAGUGCCUAAGUUUCGACAUAAAAUUGUUGCAAUACCAGGCGAUUGUGCAAUAGCCGGUCUCGGGCUGAAGUUGACAGAUCGGCAGACGCUAAUCUCCAACGUGAACAUUGUCUUCCAUGCAGCGGCCACGGUUCGCUUCGAUGAGAAACUUAAACUGGCGGUCGGCAUCAAUGUCCACGGUACACGAGAUAUGCUCAAUCUCUGCCAGCACAUGAAGCAAUUGAAGGCAGUUAUACAUGUUUCAACCGCCUACGCUAAUUGUCAUUUGCGAUAUAUCGAGGAGAAGUUCUACAAUUAUCCUAUCCACUUUAAUGAUUUGGACAGAUUGAUUGAAAAAUUGGAUGACAAAUCUCUGGAGGAAAUCACACCGACAAUAUUGGGAAAAUGGCCCAAUACCUACACAUUUACAAAGGCUCUUGCAGAGGAUGUGGUGAGAUUGAAUUCAAAGGGCUUGCCAGUAGCUGUUUUUCGACCGGCUAUCAUAACAUCAACAAUAGCAGAGCCAGUUAGUGGCUGGAUCGAUAAUCUCUAUGGUCCGACUGGUGUGGUAGCCGGUGCCGGAACUGGAGUCCUCAGGACGAUGCACUGUGAUAAAGAUAUUAAUGCUAACAUCGUACCAGUGGACAUGUGUGUAAAUGCUCUAAUCGCUAGCGCUUGGGAUGUGGCUAAAAAUCACAGUGAAAGCAUUGAACAGAAGAAUGUACCAAUAUUUAAUUAUGUUUCAUCUGUGGAGAAUCCCCUGACUUGGGGCCGUUUUACCGAGUUAAACAUUAAGUUGGGUUUUGAGUAUCCUUUCUCAAGUGCAAUCUGGUAUUUGAGCUUCCACAUGCACAAAUCAGCGACAGUGAACAAGAUUUAUAUGAUCUUUCUGCACUUUCUGCCCGCGAUGUUAAUUGACUCACUAGCACUGUGUGUCGGCCAGAAACCAAGGUUACUUAAGGUGUACAAGAAGAUUCAUAAAUUUGCCAAUAUCAUCUCGUUCUUUUGCAAUAACGAAUGGGUCUUUGAGAACGACAAUGUUCAGCAAUUGUGGCGCAAGUUGGACCAAAAUGACCGGAAUUUAUUCCACUUUAGCAUUAAGGAUAUUGAUUGGGCCAGCUAUUGUCAUUUCUAUAUUCGAGGCAUGAGGAUCUAUCUUUUCAAGGAUGACCUUUCAACACUAGAUGCUGCCAGGCGGAAAUGGAGAAGAUUCUACUGGUUCCAUCAACUGCUAAAAGGCGCGAUUCUCUCGCUCUUCCUUUAUGCGCUAUGGACAAUGUUUUCGGGCUAUGUUUGCCAUUAACAUUCAAAAGCAUCCGAUCUAUAAACACUAUAUGAAAUAUUAAAUUGUAAUAAUGGGAUUGCUAAAAGUGUGUAAAAAUUUAUAUAAAAAGUUUUAUUAAAUUACCAAUUGUAAAAUUUCUUUUUAUAAAUAAUGUUUAUAAUAAAUUGUGUAAAUAUAUAAAGUAGGUUCUCUGUAUGUAAGUUUGAUUAAAAAUUGAAUCAAUAAGAAUGAAAAUUUUUGUAAAUUUUUUGAUUAAGUGUGGCAAUAAAAUACCAGAACAACAUAAGUUAGGGGAUGUUGCAUCGUGAAAAUAACUAUAUAGUAGAAAUAUCUGAGACAGACGUCAAAUGUUAAGAAAUACAGAUGAUAUAUCAUUUAAUACUCUAUCAUUUAAGAUAACCAAAAAUUGGAUGUGCUUUUUAUUAAGAAAUUAAUUCUUUUUGUAUAAUUUAUUUACUUUUGGAAAUUUGUAGUGAAACAAAUCAUAACAUCCAAAAUUAAAAUACGUCUUUUCUUUAAAGUUAUAGGAUAUAGUUCUACUUUGUAAGUUGGAUUUCUUUUAUCAUUUUUUUGUUUCUCCUCUCCUGUAAAAUGAUUGUAAACAAUCAUAUAAAGAAUGUUGAAUAAAAAGUUAUUGAAU